AUGAAAUUCCUUUCUCCAGCCCAGAAACCACCAUUGUACCCAGAGAAUUUCCGAGAUCGCAGAUUUAAGGCGAGACUUCUCCUGAAAAUCAACCAAAACUGGCAUUCGGAAGUCGGAGAAUUUUCUAAGAAUCGGGUCCUGGAAUCUCCGAUGGACAGUUCAAGUGACAUCGAGGGUGAUUGCGACGGAAGAAAUGAAGGAGGAUCCACAUCGGAUUAUCGAUUGUUGGGUCGGCAAGUUACGGUUCAUCAGUUCAUGGGCGGUGGCAAAGGCGAAUUUACCAUUUUGGAUAUAGUAGAAGAUGUAAACUUUGGCAGAACCUCUGCAACUGCUGACUUGCUCUUAUGGAGGAGAAGAAACCUUUCUUUGGGGGUUAUCGUUUUAUCAACCGUAGCUUGGCUUAUAUUCGAGCUUUCUGGAUUGCCUUUCUUAUCUAUUUCUUCCGAUGUCUUACUGAUCGUGAUCAUAACAUCAUUCGUCCAUGCCCGAUUUUCUGCUUUUAGGAAUAUACAGCCGAAGUCGUUACCAGAGCUUGUUCUCUCAGAGGAAAUGGUGAAUAGCGCCGCAGCUUCUUUCCGUAUCAAACUCAAUCACUUGCUUGUAAUGGCUCAUGAUGUUACAGUUGGCAACGAUUUUCGGCUCUUCUUCAAGGUGGUGAUUUGUCUGUGGCUUCUCUCUGCCAUUGGUAGCUAUAUUUCUUUCUGCACUCUUGUUUAUAUCGGGACCAUCCUAUCUGUAACAAUACCGGCUUUGUACAGCAAAUAUCAAAGCAAAGUAGACAAGUGUUGCGGGUUGAUUCACAGGCAGUUGUCUCAUCACUACAAGUUAGUUGACGAAAGUGUUAUAAGCAGACUCUCAUGGAGCUUAUCCAAGGAUAAAGAUUCCUGA